AUGAGCACUGCACAGUAAACAAAAAGAAGAUAGUAGCCGUCCGAACAGAUGGGAUUCUGUGUCUAAUGUUUAAGUUUCAUCCCCAUCACUUAAAUCGAUCUUCAUUGUCGCAGCUGCAUGGAAAAUACCAAGAGACUCAAUACCUAAAUCGAUUAAAUCUCCUAAUAAUUACAUCAUAUCAAGACAAUUGCCAUGAAAGCAGCACAAAAAUAGGAGGAUAGCAGCCAAAAAUACAAAUUUCUCAUAAGGAUUUAGGAACUCAGUUCACAAAUUGAUGCCAUUAGAUGCUAUAAUUGUUAGAGUGUCAAGAAGUUAAGAGACAUUGAGAGUGAAGUAAAUGUACUGAUAGCAUAUCCUUAAACUUCGAUGACCAUCAUGAUGUUGUUAAGCAGAUUGUUAGCCUUGGUGCAAGAGAAACUAAUGUUACAAAAUCAGAAAAAGCUGGUUUCUUAGAAUUCAUUCCCUCUUAACGUUGAUACUAGAAUUAAGACUGAGUCUUAGCAUUAGGAAGGCAGUGAAGCUGAGUACACAUACAGAUAGUUUAAAUCGGAGAGUAAUAUUAGAGUAUCUGAAUUUAAAAGAACAUUUUAUUCCAAAUGUUUGGAGUUGAAACUUCAACUUGCCAAGAAUGAUCCUGCUUAAUCAAUUCUAGUUUAGGAUCUAUUCCACAUAGUGGUUAGAUAGAAUUACAAUCAAGAAGAAGCAGUAAGAUUUGUAAGAAAGUGUUUUAAAGAAGGGAAAAUUAAUUAAGUAUGA